UUACUUCAAUCGAACAACCGCUGCCAGCGUCCGAUCAACUUUCAGCGCCGAACCGGCCGAACCUCCCAACUCUGCUCGGGACGUUGCCUCCGAAGGAAAGAACAAAAACACAUAUCGCAAAACUUGACGGAUUCUUUCGAAGGAGCAUCCAGAAGCAAAUUGAAUACCGGUGUUUAAGGGAUGGCAAGUGCCUGGUGAUCCGGUUAAAUCGUAACCGCUGCCAGUACUGCCGCUUCAAGAAAUGUUUGGCAGUGGGCAUGUCUAGAGACUCGGUGCGGUACGGGAGAGUGCCGAAGCGUUCUCGGGAAAGGGGAGGCUCUUCUGGCCUUUCGGGUGAAGAGGGCCUCUCACUGGGCAGCCCUGGAGAGGCAGACCAGUGUGCACGGGACCUGGAGAGUCAGCAGCUCGCCAUGUACGACAUCAUCCUCACCAUUUCACAGGCACAUCAUGCCCACUGUGCCUACACGGAAGACAAGACGCGUGCCUUUGUGCGUCGGCCAGCCAUCUUCAGCCUGGACGAGGUUGGCGGCAGUGGCGAGGGCCCGGGCAAUGCACCACAGCCAGAUAGCCCCGAGCAGAGCAAACUGGGCCUAUGGCAGCAGUUCGCCACUCUGGUGACCCCCUCGGUCCAGAGGGUUGUCGAAUUCGCCAAGCGGGUGCCAGGAUUUCUUGAUCUCGUCCAAGAUGACCAGCUCAUUCUCAUCAAGGCCGGCUUCUUUGAAGUGUGGCUGGUACAUGUAUCGAAAGGAGUGCUGGUUGGUCUCCCACACGACACACUCACCUUUAGCGAUGGCACCUACCUCAUUCGGCAGCAGCUCGAGCUUAUGUUUGAUCACGACUUUGUAUCGGCAAUGUUCAACUUCUUUGUGGCGUUCAACAACCUCCAGCUGAAUGACACGGAGAUCGGCCUCUUCUCAGCCGUUGUGCUGCUAACGAAUGAGCGCAGCGGGUUGUACGACAGCAAAGCCAUUGACUUGGGCCAGCGUCGGCUGUGUGAGGCACUGCGGCUGCAGGCGGGCCGCAACCACCCGGGGGACCCGGGGCUCCCUGGGCGGGCGUUAGCCCUGCUGGGGCCCCUACGUGCCCUGGGGCUGGCACAUGCCCGGCACUUGGCUUGGCUGCGCCCGCACUGGCAUGCACUGCGCCUGCCUCCACUCUUUGCAGAGAUCUUCGACAUCCCCGCCGCACAGCCACAGACUCCACAGCAGUCACAGCCGGCGACAGAGGAUGCCGCAGUGGCAGGAACAGCCACGUCUUGAAGGCUGUUCUCAGGUAGUCUAUCACAGCAGGACCGUCAGUCUUCUCCAAUGUUUUAAGUGGUGUGAAUCUGGACAGAUACCCGUGAAGCAUCUGCAGAAUCCUGCAAGAAUCUCAUUGUGGGACCUUUUAUGUCCAUCAUCAAUAAUUUAUUUCUUCAUGCCGUAGCCAUGGCGCGCAUGGCAAGGCCGCAAUGUUCUCGCAACACCCCACACUGUGCUGUCCUGAGGACCCUCCUGGAACAAUCGCCUUUCGUGAAAAUCUCGUAGGCAUUCCUGUUCUGGGGCAGGCCACAAGGGUGGAUUGGCACGUAUUCACUAUAGUUGUUUUGUGUUUCUCGAUACCAUUACGUUGGCAAAAAUACCGCACAGUCUGUGUUGACGACCUUGAUACGUCGUGCAACAGGGGCCAAGUGAUGCCAGAUCCUCUAGCAGAGUGUUAACACAAAGCCAUGCAGGACCUUGUGAUGAGAACAAUGAACAUGCCCGCCUUGAUACAUGUCUUCGUGCAUGAGUCACGGUUGUACAGAUCUUGCCCAAAGUUUUCCAAGUCUAGUGCAGCGUUUGACUGGAAAACAUUGAAAGACCCUAAUUGAUGUAUUGUUCUAGUUUUUGUUGUAGAAUGUGUUAGCCAAAUUCAGUCAGCAACAAUAACUAUAUCCUGAAAAAGAAUAGGUAGUUGCCAGGCAGAAUUUGACAACUAACCUCUCUUCAUUUAUGUGUCUCUGGUCGGGUACAUAGGUUUAGGCUUGCAUGUGGGAAGGCAUACUGCCAGCUGGAAAUGCCUACUUUAAAUGCAGAAAGAAAGGUGAUUCCGUGUGCGUUUUAACUCUGCUUUUAAAGUAUAGUGUACACUGUUUAAGGCAGCAUCAGCAUCUCCAUAGUCUUUGACUGUUCAUAUGAUAGAGACUUCACCACCAUUCAUUAUUUUAGGUCUUUUGUCAUGUUGAGUGUGCAAAAUUACGUUUGUCCAGUCAACAGUGCCUGUUCGGAACCAUGAAACAAAGUUUCUUUUACAGUAGCCAGCCAUUUAUUUUUAUUUUCUUUUAAACUUUUCACAUCGGUUUUCUUUUGGGCGAAGUACUGAUAAGGUAAGUGUGGUUAUUAUCAAGUUAAAGUGAAUAUUGCAUCAUUAAUAUCUCAUCAGGCUUAGCUUUAAAUUGGCAUUUUUGGCUCACUGCUGUGUUUUCAACACCCAUGGCACCUACAAGACAAAUUCUGCAGCCAUUGGUGUCACAACAAUAGGAAAUUUUAAAGAAUGAUUUGGUGCACUUGCUGUGACCAUUCAUGUUUGAAAUACAGUUAAACCUCGAUAUAACAGUCUACAACCGGCAAUACUUUGUUAUGCCUAAAUUUUUUAAAAUUGAAAUUCACUGCCUUGUGCAUUUGUCGCCAAAGGCUUCUUUCUUGCUCAGGAAGUGCAGGAAGAAUGUUUGAAUGAUAAGGCAGUAUGAAAAAAUAAUUUCAAAAACUCUAAAUAAGAAUAAAUUUUUUUAAGCCUGAAAUCCAACUACCACAACUUCAUAGUAUUUCAAUGAAGUCUGAAGUCAUCACCACGGUGUUUCAGUGCAGCUAUGACACCUUUAAGCUGAGCUGUCAUAUCUAUUCUGUCGCUACGACCUGUCACCAAGCUUAUGGAGUUUCUCGGUGGGUGCGAUGCCAGUGCUGUAACAUUCACGGAACUGAACCACAUGCUUUCUACUCGCUCUGAUGAAUGCUCAGUGUCGAGAACCAUCGCUCGUCACAAAGCGGAAAAGUUCGUGAUCUUAAAUCUCAUAAUAGCAAGAUGACGUAAAUUACGGCACCUUUAUUAAUGGUCCAAGUUUUAUGUUUUGCAACUUUGCAUGUGCUUAUUUUUGAAAAAUCAAGCAUGUGCAGUACAGCGUAAAUUUGAUUAGCUGCUGUAUAUUUGCUCAACAUUCUUUUCAGUUGGCUGUAUCUCUGAAAAUACACAUAGUUUUCUAGAGCUUGUAGUGGUGCUGCUGGUAAGUGCAAGCAUAAUAAAAGAAAGAAAAAAAAACAGUCGUCUCCUAAUUACAACUGGCUGUAGCAGCGCCCUUACCAACAAACUCAGUUGCAGUGAGGACACCUGUUUUAAUUGCUUCUGUUCAUAAUCCAUCCUAUAUUCUUCGUAGAGUCCCCAAUGCCUCCUUAUCAAGUUCAGGAUGAUUAGGAAGAAGCUGGGUGACAUUGCGAAAGAAGCGGCAGCUACUUCUCACCUAUUGAAAUCACUUACGAGCCAAUAGCUUCAUCGGCAAUAUCCAUUUCCUGAACAAUCGCGUGGAAUUAAGAGCUGAUUGCAUCUAGCGCUGCUGCCUCUGCAGGUAAUCAUGCUUGUCACGUGGUGAUAACAAAAACACCAUGUCGAGUACUGAUAUACUGCAUAUGCAGAGCUGAAUACAGAGCACUGUAGAGGUGGUAGCGUAGUGUCUGUGCUAGCGUUCCCACAUGCUAGGAGCUGGUCGCAUGCUCUCCCUUGGCACUGCUCCAAAGACGAGGAACGCGUAGAGUUGGGCUGUUUUCUAAAGCUGCUGCCAUAAAAUGCACCGCUUCACUUUGGCAGCAGCUCUUUGCGGCAUAGCACGCAACUUGAAAAAGACCUUGUAAAGAUAGUGUUCAACACAACUGUAUGACCGACGUCUCCAGCAAAAGUUUUGUGGCAGCAGUGUAGCCCCAUUGUAUUGAAAUCGCGGAUAUACGCGCUUCGUUAAAUGGAGGUUUGAAAAAUGCAGUGUUCCGAGGACAAGUUGUUCCGAGAGAAAUGUAGUGUUGUAUUGAGGUUUAACUGUUUCUGGCAAGAUUUGGCUGCAGCAGCUGCAUUGCGAUGAAAGUAAAAUGGAGAUUUACUUGGAUUUCAGUGCACGUUAGAGAACACCAGGUGGUCAAAAUUUCGAGAGCCCUCCACUAAUGGCGUACCUCAUAUCACAUCGGGGUUUUGAGACGCUUCAAGAAGAAGGUGUUUAAUGAGAAGGAAGGAAGGUUGGCCUGGAAAGCGGGUUUCUAGCCUACUACUCCUUGUGGGAAAAGGGAAACAUUUUUUAUAUCAUGGCCUACCUGGCAAGGCUCAAUUUUGUAAUCGAAAUAACUGAAGUUACAAGCCAUGUCAAUGGGUGGGUGUCGAGAGACAUGUAGUUAAGAUCAAAAUAAGUGAAAAGUUUCAGCCUUACCUGUAUUGCUAAAGAGUAACGUGACAGGUGGCACAGAGUCGUGCAUGGCAGUCUCUUGCCAUUUAGUGUAGUAUCGGCUGGAGUAAGCAUUUGCAGUUACGCACUUUUUUUCUUAGGUGACAGAGUUAAAUGGGAUGGUAUCAUUAUUUCAUCAGUUAGUUUUUUUUAUGUGCUCAGUCUUUCCACAAUAUGUGUUGAAAUUUCCACUCUGUUUAAAAAGGAAUUGUGAGCAUUCAUAUUACUACUCAGCAAAAAAUUUGUCAAACAGCUUUUGUGGCUUCACUGUUUACAUAGCUCCAGGAGCUGCUGUGGUGUGGAAUACAGUGUACGUGCUCAUGAAAAUUUUUCUCAUUCUACCUUCAAAGCAGUUUCCUUUCUCUUUACGCAAUAAUGUCUUUCAGUGUUGCACGGCUGUAGUCAAGGUAGACCAUACGUGAACAAAUCAGAUCACCAUUUACUCUUAACAUGCACGUUGGUUGAUCAGUAGCAUCGUAUCUGCAUUUCCUGUGCUUGUUUUCUUCUCCAUAGAGGCUAUGCACGGCACCAUUGUCUACAACUCGUGUGCAUGUGAGCAACAUCAGUUCACCUGUUGCGAGGCCAUCAAUCUGCUACGAACCUGUUUCACUUCACUGCCAAUAAAUCUCCAAAAAGGCCUUCCCAGGUUCGGCUGAUGGCUAGGCGAUUCUCCAUUUGCCUUAUAGACUGUUAUAUAUAUAGCAGCAUUAUUCCAAUGCAAGAGGAGAAAAGUGUUUCAAGCGGGCGGUUAUUGUAGCAACUGCAUUGUGAAUCACAAAUUUGCGGUUUUAGGUGCUGUUUAGGACUACGUUUUCAGCAGUUUUGGAAACCCACGUGCAAGAUUAGCAAUGUCUUGGAAGGAGCGAUAAUUUUAUUACCUAUGCUCGGAGUAUUUAUCAGAGAGCAGCAUGUGAAAGGUCACAAGCACUUUGCUGUAGCAGUCAUUAAAAAUGAAUUAUAUUUCGUUUGAUGUAAUACAGAGGUGCACUGUGUUGUGCAAACCCUUUUUUUUUGUGUGUGCCCAUAUGCAGAGGGUGUGGUUUUCUCUUGCAAGGUGCUUGCUUUAAACGUUUUCCCAAACGGCGCUGCCUUGGAUCUGUCUGCCCCAGAACAGGAUGUCGGUGCGCGUCAUGGUGUGCCAGUGUGCUGCCGUAUUCUCCAGUCCUGCCCGAAUUUGCAUUUUCGAAUGCACCUGUGGUCCAGAGCAGAGCACCGCCAUUUAUAUUGUGGGGAGGAAUGUGCCCGUUUUGUGUCGCACAAAAGCGACAUGCUGGAACACCAACCGGCCUUCUCUUCUUGGGUGUGGCCCGCUGGUGGGGCGCACUCGCAGCGCAACUGUUUCUGCUGCUGCCAUCCCUACUUUGGAGCUGUGCUCGAGUUACCCGGCAGACAAGGACGCCUGCGGCAUCUUUGAAAACGACGAUGACGGUGUCCCUUUCUUGUUCGGUGUCAUGUAAAGAUUUACCCCCACUUGUUCAUGAGCGUGUGUAUGUUUGUGUGCGUGAAGUUGUGGUUCACUGCCAAGCUCUUGCCCAGCCUUCAUUCUAAUGCAUACUACAGUUGCUCACUGUUCCUGCGGUUCCUUGUUACCCGAGCCAGAUUGAUUACAACUUACGGCCCCUCUUCAAACUCAUUAUUGUAAUAUGCUGCUAUAUAGGUUGUUGGUUGGUGAUGUGUCAAGUAGGGGUGCAGGAUGCCAACUGCCCAAUGGGUGUACCUUUGGCACGAUGCCUGAUGGGGUGGGGUCGGCUUGCACUCUGAGAAGUGCAACAUGCCGGCGUUUUAAUAAUGUCACGCCAUCAUUGAUCAGCAAGCAAGUUGUUGCUUUGGCACAUGGCAGGGCAGCGGAAUUGAUAAGGUUUAGUUCUGUAGAAUUUUUUCUCUUCCUACUCAUGGGAUUUUGUAUCCUUUAGCAGUAAGUAGGCAUUCCUGACCAUAGCAGCGGUAGCGUGCAAGCUACCUUAAUAUCUGACUAAAGCUAUUGAAAAUAUGAGUUGCUUCAAAAUAUGGCUUCAGAGCUAGGUAAGCUUGGCCAUUGCUGCAUUUUAGAACUCUCAUUGACUCUCUGAAACUCUGCCUACAAUGCAAUACAGUAACAGAACCAACAGUGUUUGAGAUAAAUAUCAUGGCUUGGUUAUUUAGGCUGCUCAUGUUACCCUGGUUACCACUAGUUUACUGUGACAACCAAGCUAGAGAUUUCCUGCGCAAGAAAGCAAGAUGUUCAUUGUAGCCAUUGCUCACAAGAUGGCUUACUAUGCGAGCUUUGUAUCGCCCCAGCUCCUUUGAGAAUGCCCGAGCUUGACAAGUUUGCUUCAUGAAAUUCCACUAACAUGCCAACUUGCUUUGUGAUUGGUGCUCAAAUGACAUUGUUAAAAGGACUUGAGAAAGAUAGGUGCAAAUGCAUAGUGCACAUGCCACCCUCUGUUGAUAGUGAGCUCAUUAUAUGCACAGUCUACCAACGUCAAACUUGGCUAGCCACAGUUUGUUUUGUGUGGCACCGCAUAUAUGCAUAGGCAGCUAAUAGUUGUGUUGGUUGGUGUCGAAACAUUCCAGUGGCUUAAAUAAUUUGAGAAUUACAAUACUGCCAGACGAAUUCGUGGCCUUAUUUUCCACAUGAGCUUUUGCAUACAUGGAGCUACGACACUUUUUCACCUAUGGCAAUGUAGCUUCUUUUUUUUAUAUAAUUUAUUGAAGUUUUAGUACCCGAGUGUAGUUCACCCGGUGCUUUCAGCAGUACUUUGUACGUAUGCAGACGAAACUACAUUUCCUCGGAAGUUCUUGUGUUCCUUCUGUUUCUAUCGUGCAGUUUGUGUGUAAAUGCUCAAGUUACUAUGAAUGGAAGCUUUUGUAGCUGCUUGAUAUGCCACAGUCACUGGCAGUAACCAUUUUCUAUAUUCAUGCUGGUGUGUGUGUAUUACAUACGAGAAUGUAGUCUUUUGACGAAACAGUGAAAGUGAUUUUAUAGAAUCUGUUUCGAAGAUGAUGUUUGAAUGCAUUGGUGGCAAGUGUUUGGAGGCGUCAUGCAUACAAGAUUGAUAACAUCUACAUUAAGGUUGUUGGGCGGGCAUUGGUUUUUUUUUUUUUCACUCACAAAUUCGUUUUUGCACACGUUAUGUAAACAUGCAAUCCACGUAACAAUCAAAAUUAAAAAGUUCCUUUUUUCCCCUUCUUUUGUAGUCGGUUGACAGUUUGGUGGUCGGCUUCCUCAAAUACAAUCUUGUACAUUACGAGAUACCCCCAUGAAUCAAACUUUAUACACUAGAGGUAAAAAAAAAACUGCCGAUUUUUUUGUUGUUUAUAGCACAAUUCUUCACUUUGUAUUGAACUGGUUGUACAGAGCCCGAAAACGUGAUGUUGAUUGCCUGUUGGGAAGAGACCUUCCUUUGCAACGUGCUUUAAGUGCACUCCUUGGAAGCUUAGAGCGUAAGUGUUAUUCUGUCGUUAACUUUAGCUUGUGCAACUCCCAGUGACAUAGUUUUGUACAUUUUUAGAGUGUUUUACACCUAAGCUAGAGCAGGUUUUAUGCUGUAAAAAAAAGCAUAUUAAGCGACAGCUGUUAGUAUAUCAUUGUUUUACUUUUGACGAUCACUUCUGCAUACUUUACUGCAGACAAAUUUGACUUCUUGGAUGCGGAGACCAUCUUGCAAAGCUGUAGGUAGCUGUUGUUCGUCACCUUGCUGUAAUUUUUUAAGGGUCUGUACCUGUUUCGUCCAGAGGUGUGAUUGUUGAUUGCGAGCCCUUCCAAGUGUUCGAGCACUGUUAAUACUUGAAUGUUUGUUCUUUAUAUUAAAAAGAAAAUGCAAAACAGACUCUCCUAUAUUGUGGAGGUGAGCGGUGCAGGUGAUGCGUUAUACACGAGCAGUCAAGUGAGCAGUAUGUCUUGCAUGUCUCGUAACCGUCGCAAGUGUACUUGUUGUUCUGUGUGUAGUUUAGGGCUUUUCUUUUCCCACCCACUUGUCCCAUAGUUUUAUUUCUUAGUUUUUGAGAAGACGACCAAGCACAGCUCAGGUGAUAUCUGCGCAGAUGCAAGGCAUUUAGAAUUUCUUCCGGGCAGCUUGGUACAAAAGUGAUCGGCUGUACAAAACGUGCUCGGUACUGGAAUGGUAAAGAGAUGCCAUAAUGGAGCAGUGGAAAUGGAUGCAUGCUCAGUGCUUGGCUGAUGCACAAGUGGUUCCUUAAUACAAGGCUCAACCAUUUCAUCUAUGGCCUGCAUAUCAGCUAGAGUUUCGUAGAAAUUAGAUUAUGUAGACAUUAACCGCUUCCCUGUCCCAAACUAUUUGGGGCUAGUAUGGCAUGUUCGUUUGACUGAAAAGAUUUUCAUUAAGAUGAGAAAGCCAUUCUCAGAAUGCUAAAAUUUUCUGCUGGCAUUCUUGUUUUUUAUUGUCAAUAGUAAGCAAGUAGGUAGCCUUUUCUUCGUAAGCAGUUCACAAUAAAGUUUAAUAAUCUAAUUUGAUUUUGUAUACGAUCUAGUUUUCUUUAGGACAAAAACAUUUAGAGCAGUAUAAAAAUAUUCAAUGGAACCCUUUAAAGAAGUAAGCAUUUUAAGGAGAGAAACUUUUCAAAAUUUUAUAUUUGAUCAACACAGUUAAGGGACAACAGAUUUUCAGAGUUUACCUGAUACGGUAAACUCUUUGCAAUCUAUUUGUCACUGUACGGAGCUUGCGAGUGCUGCGAUUGUGCUGGAAAUGAUUCUUACACAGACAUUGCUUUUAAAAUGUAGAUUGUAAAUUGUAAUUGUUUUGUGAUUUCACCACCUGUUCAAUAAAUAUCAAGAAGGCAAGGGGACAUUAAGGCUUGGACAGGGCAGCUUGUCCUAAAUCUCUAAUCAUCCGUGAUGUGGCUGGGCUAUAAUAACAGGUCAGGCAGCAUGCGCCAUCCAGGCACUGAGCAUGGUCUUCAUGCUGAGCUCGUGCCUUGUCUCUCUCUUUUGUCAGGCCAACAGCUGUGGUACUAUGCUGCAGCACCACUGUUUUACUUAGUUUUUCUCGACCAAGAGGACAAGUCCCAGCUGGUGAUCAUGCUCACAUUCCUGUACGUCAGAAAGCUUCUUGUGGUCUGUAAAAUACAUUGUACGUAGAACUUCCUUGGUCUGUGUACCGUGAGCUUGCGCCAAUUUUUCAGUGCAGCAUUCUUGGUGUAGGCAGCCAUCGGUUGACAAAUGGCGCGGUGGUUUCAUCAUGUUGCUUUAGUGGAGCCGAGUCAUAUCUCGUCUUUUUUGGCCAGCGGCAGUUAUGCAAGUUACUGGCAGGUGGGGCUUUUUUUUUAUCGAAUGUGGAAGGCUGCCACAUCUUUCACGUCUGUGCAGUGCACUGCAAGCUUUUGUUUUUUAUUUCGUCUGCUCGUUCUACACCCCCCCUCCCCAUCCGGUGAGUAGGCACCAGUGAGGAAACAUUUACAGUGGCACACCCCCCAAAAACAUUAUCACUGCCAGAAUAAUUCUACUGGGAAUGUGGCACAAUACUUUUUGCUCACCUCCUUGUCUGUUUUCAUUGUGGAAACCGUGUCAACAGGUUCUCUGUACUAGUUGUUACAAAAUAAAGGAAUGUCUAUUGAACCCUGUC